AAUGAUCGCAGACCGGCGCAAUGUCAUUGCUCCAGAGUCGAUAUAUUCUAACAUCUUAUUAAAACAGCCCGGACACAGGAACGCCAAUCCGGAUGACUAGGGCCGAGAAGCACGUCGUUAUUUAACGUCUUUAUCCUGAAAGGAGGGAUUUUUUAUGCCAAUUCUGCCGAGAGGACAGCUGAUGAAGUGCAUCUUACAGUCUUACAGGCCCUAGAGAAGGUUGAAAAGCAGUGGCUGUGAACUAAACAUGGCUGUGUGGCGACAGUUUGGGCUACUUCUCUGGAAAAACUAUCUCCAACAAAAGCGUCAAAUCUUGGUGACCCUGGUGGAGAUCACACUGCCUCUCCUGUUCUCUGCAAUCCUAAUUGUACUGCGUCAGAAGGUGUCCUUCACUAACUACCCCAAUGCAACAAAUUACGAUAGCUUCUCACUGGAAUGGCCUCCUGCUCAUCUGCCCUCAAAACUGCAGCUUGCCUACGUGCCGGCAAAUUCCAGUAUAGUACGCCAAGUGGCUGAGGAUGUGCAGCUCAGCCUGGAACAGGGCUUCAUCAGUGCAGUGCGUGGGUUUGAGACUGAGCAUCAGUUUGAGGAGUUUGUGAAAACAGACCCUGAAUCAGCAAAGAUCCUAGCAGCAGUGGUGUUUGACCACACAUUUACUCAAGAUGAUGAACCUCUUCCGCUUCAGGUCAGAUAUCAUCUGCGUUUCACCUACAGCCCCCGAAAUGCUCCUCCAAAGGAAAAAUCAGAGUUGAAUCCAAACAAUGACCUUGACUGGCACACUCCCAGCCUGUUCCCCCUCGUUCAGCUGCCUGGACCCCGAGAGCAGCAUGACCCUCAAGGGGGAACUCCAGGUUAUUACCGUGAAGGAUUCCUAAUGAUCCAGCAUGCUGUGGACCGAGCCAUCAUGAAAGCCUACAACAGGACAGCAGCAACCGCCCUCUUCACUCAGACACGUGUCGUACUGUCACGCUUCCCUUACCCAGCUUUCAUCUAUGAUGUCUUUAUCCUGGCCAUCCAAAACCAGCUACCCCUCCUGCUUGUACUCAGCUUCACCUACACAUCUCUCAACAUUGUCAGAGCCAUAGUGCAGGAAAAGGAAAGAAAACUCAAGGAAUACAUGAGAAUGAUGGGCCUGAGCAACUGGCUGCACUGGACUGCCUGGUUCUUCAUGUUCUUUAUUUUCCUCUCCAUCUCAAUCUUCUUUGUCACUGUGCUCUUCUGUGUCCAGGUGAGUCCAAACGGAGCAGUGCUGAUGCAUAGUGACCCUACACUAGUCUUCGUCUUCCUCCUUGUAUUUACCGUGGCUACCAUCAGCUUCUGUUUCAUGGUCAGCUCAUUCUUCUCCAGAGCUAAUGUUGCAGCAGCAGCAAGUGGUUUCCUCUACUUUUUUAGCUACCUGCCAUACCUCUUUCUGUGGCCACGCUAUGACCUGCUUUCCCAUGCUCAGAAGGUGUCUGCUUGUCUCAUCUCCAAUGUGGCCAUGGCUAUGGGUGCUCAACUUAUCGGCAUGUUUGAAGGCAAAGGCAUAGGGAUCCAGUGGAGUAAUCUGUUUGAGCCUGUGACUGUGGAUGAUGACUUUUCACUGGCUCAGGUUCUUGGGCUUUUACUUCUCGACACUAUACUGUACAUACUGGUGACCUGGUACAUCGAGGCAGUUUUUCCCGGCGAGUAUGGAGUACCACGGCCAUGGUACUUUUUCGCGUUGCCCUCAUACUGGUGCAACAGCCCUCGGGUUGCCCUGCUGAAGGAGAAGGAGGACGAAGAGGAUGCAGAAAAAGCGCUGAAAGGGGAAUUCAUUGAAGAAGAGCCAACUGGAUUAGUCUCGGGGGUUAAAAUCAAGCACCUGGCCAAGGUUUUUAAAAUGGGCAAUAAGACUAAAGAAGCUGUGAAGGAUCUCACAUUAAGUAUGUUUGAAGGCCAGAUCACGGUGCUUCUAGGGCACAACGGAGCUGGAAAGACUACCACACUGUCAAUGCUGACUGGCUUGUUUCCUCCCAGCAGCGGCAGAGCUUACAUUAAUGGCUAUGAUAUAUGCCAGGAUAUGACACUGAUACGCCGCAGCCUAGGCCUUUGUCCACAGCAUGAUGUGCUUUUCGACAACCUCACGGUUCGGGAGCAUCUGCUUUUUUACGCCCAGCUGAAGGGCUACCCCCGUGAGAAGAUCCCAGAUGAGGUGGACCGCAUCAUCCGUAUUCUAAACCUGGGGGAUAAGAGGAGUGCACGGUCAAAGACCCUUUCAGGUGGAAUGAAACGCAAGCUUUCUAUCGGAAUUGCACUUAUAGGAGACUCAAAGGUGGUGAUGCUGGACGAGCCUACCUCUGGCAUGGACCCAUCAGCCAGACGGGCCACAUGGGAUUUGUUGCAGGGUGAGAAACGAGGUCGCACCAUCCUUCUUACCACACACUUCAUGGACGAGGCUGACCUACUGGGAGACCGCAUUGCUAUCAUGGCUGGUGGGGAACUCCAAUGCUGUGGCUCACCUCUGUUCCUCAAGAACAAAUACGGUGCUGGCUACCAUAUGGUGAUAGUAAAGGAUGCGUUGUGUAACGUGUCAGAGAUCAGCCGCCUGGUUCACAUGUACGUGCCCAAUGCCACCCUGGAGAGUAGUGCAGGGGCUGAACUUUCCUACAUCCUGCCAAAAGAGAGCACCAGUCGGUUCGAGCUUCUGUUUGCUGAGCUGGAAAUGAACAGAGAGGAGUUGGGCAUCGCCAGCUAUGGUGCUUCUGUUACCACCAUGGAGGAAGUUUUUCUUAGGGUUGGGAAGCUGGUGGACUCCAGUCUAGACAUUCAGGCCAUUCAGCUUCCAGCUCUGCAGUACCAGCAUGAGCGCAGGUCACAUGACUGGACAGUUGACGAUACUAGCAGUAUCAGCGGCAUGACUGAUGUAACAGACUUCACCGAUAGUGGCACAUUGAUCUCAGAGGACUGCUCCAACAUCAAACUCAACACAGGGGCUAAGCUCUACAUGCAGCAGUUCUACGCCAUGUUUUUAAAGAGGGCUCUGUAUAGCUGGCGGAACUGGAAGGUGAUGGUGGCACAGUUUUUAGUGCCACUUAUCUUCACAGCAGUUGCCCUUGUUGUGGCCCAAACACUCCCUAGGCAACACAAAACCCCAGAACUUCUCCUAGCACUUAACCGGUAUGGCCCCACCUCUGUGCCCAUUGCCCUGGAUUCUAAUGCCGGACCUCUGGUUACAGCACUUGCUGAAGCCUAUGCUGCCCAGCUUGAUGCACAGAGUGCCUCACCAGUGACCAAUCUAACUGACUUCACAGAGUAUGUACUAAACAAUGCCAUAAGGGAAGGAGGAGCCUUCAAUGAGCGCUGCGUGGUGGGUGCUGCUUUUAGUGGUCAAACUAACGAGCUUGCUGAAAUCACUGGCUACUUCAACAACCAAGGCUACCACACACCGGCUACUGCACUCAUGAUGGUGGAUAAUGCUCUCUACAGGCUCUUGGCUGGCCCAAAUGCUUCCAUCCAGACAGGAAACAAACCCAUGCCCCGCAACAUGUCCGAAACAGCCCAGAGCCAGCUCUCAGAGGGUCAAACUGGCUUUGCCAUAGCUAUUAACCUGAUGUAUGGAAUGGCAUCCUUGGCCAGCACCUUCGCCCUGCUCCUGGUGAUUGAGCGCUCUGUGAAGUCCAAGCAUGUACAGAGGGUCAGCGGUGUCUACCUCUCCAACUUCUGGUUCUCUGCCUUACUGUGGGACUUGAUCAACUUUGCGCUGCCUUGUCUUCUAAUGCUGGUGGUGUUUUCUGUAUUUGGGGUGAAGGCCUUUGUUACGAAAAAACACCUGGUAGAUGUGCUGCUUUUGUUGCUGCUCUAUGGCUGGGCUGUGAUUCCUCUCAUGUACUUGCUCAGCUUCCUUUUCACGAGUGCUGCCACUGCUUUCACUCGCCUCACCAUCUUCAACAUAAUCAGCGGCACAGCUACGUUCCUUGCUGUCACCAUCAUGACCAUCCCUGAGUUGCAUCUGGAGAAUCUUUCACGUUUAAUGGAUAAAGUAUUUCUGCUAUUCCCCAACUACUGCCUGGGCAUGUCUUUUAGCCAAUUCUACCAAAAUUAUGAGACCAUCAGCUUCUGUACCACCAGCUUCCUCACCAAAGAAAUUUGCCAUUUAUACAACAUCACCUAUCAGCUGAACUACUUCUCUAUGAAUGAACCCGGAGUGGGCUCCUACCUGGUGGCUAUGUCCCUCCAGGGUGUGGUUUUCCUUGUCCUUCUUUUUAUCAUUGAGCUUCGGUGCAUCAACACACUCUUCAACCUCUGCAGGAGAUGCAAGAAGGGCAUGCAGGUUGGAGAAGAAGCCUUUCAGCCUGAGGAUAGAGAUGUAGCUGAUGAGAGAAAGAGGGUUUUAGAAUGCCAGCCUGUGGUGGAGUCCAUGGUUGGAAGUCCUCUCAUUCUGCAAGAACUUACUAAGGUAUACCCAGGAAGUCAGUCUCUGCUGGCAGUGGACCGCUUGUCCCUGGCUGUGGGGAAGGGUGAAUGCUUUGGACUGCUAGGAUUUAAUGGGGCUGGAAAGACAACUACAUUUAAAAUGCUGACUGGAGAUGAGACUGUGACUGCAGGGGAUGCCUUCAUUGAUGGCUACAGUAUUCUCCAUGAUGUGAAGAAGGUACAGCAGCGAAUCGGCUACUGCCCUCAGUUUGAUGCUGUGCUGGAUCACAUGACUGGCCGUGAGACUCUCAGCAUGUAUGCAAGGCUCAGAGGAAUCCCAGAAAAAUAUGUUUGCGCAUGUGUAGAGAAUGUGCUCCGCUCGUUGCUCCUGGAGCCACAUGCUGACAAAAUGGUUCGAAGUUACAGUGGGGGCAACAAGAGGAAGUUGAGUGCAGGUAUGGCUCUGAUCGGUGGGCCGCCUGUCAUCUUCCUCGAUGAGCCGUCCACUGGCAUGGAUCCAGUGGCUAGACGUUUACUUUGGGACGCAGUCACACGCACCAGAGAAUCUGGCAAAGCCAUCAUCAUCACCUCACACAGUAUGGAGGAGUGUGAGGCUUUGUGCACUAGACUGGCUGUGAUGGUCAACGGGCAGUUCAAAUGUCUGGGCAGCCCACAGCAUCUAAAGAGCAAAUUUGGCAGUGGAUACACACUGUUAGCCAAAAUUCACAUGGAGGCUGAUUUAGAGGAGAUGGACCUUCAGCUCUUUAAAGACUUCAUUGAGAGCACCUUCCCUGGUAGCUUACUCAAGGAUGAACACCAGGGGAUGGUACAUUAUCACUUGACUGACAAAACAUUAACCUGGGCUCAGGUUUUUGGGAUCCUUGAGGCAGCUAAAGAGAAAUAUUGCAUUGAGGACUAUUGUGUGAGUCAGAUCUCACUGGAGCAAGUUUUCCUGAGCUUUGCUCAGUUCCAGCACUGUUCUGAAGGCAGGAGAAAAUCAGACUGAUUAGAAAGAGAGAUGAAGACUCCUGUAGUUUUCCUUUUUUCUGGCCUUUAUGUGGUGCAUCUUGGGCUGAACAAUUUUGCUCCAGAUGUUCAGGUCUCUGAAAAUAUCUCUCGUGUCCCCUUAAGCCCCCUUAAAAACACACACACACACACACACACACACACAGGUGCACUGGCAGUGUACUUCACUAAUCUCAGAUUUUGGAAGUGCUUUGAGGACUCUACUAAGCAUGUGUAAUGUUUGUUUAAUUCUGUGCGCGUGGGCGUGCAUGUCUGCGUGCGCGCAUGUGCGUGUGCGCGCGCGCGUGUGUGUGUGCAAGAUGUGUGUUUGGGUUUUGAGGUUAUGUGUAAAUGUCUACAUAUUGAUGGAGCUGUUGGAGAUCUGAUGAUAGUUGUUUUUUUUAUUUGUUUUGCUUCAGUCCUACAUUUGGCUGUAUGUAAUAUUUAAGCUGUCCUGCAAAAACUAGUCACCUAAAGAAUCAAAAUAAAUCUAUAAACAAUGCCACAGCAUUCAUAUCUCUAAAAGCAAACACACAUAGCUAUAUGGCAAUAUAUAAAUGUAUUUUUUAAAGUUUUUUUCUAUUUGAACUGUUUGCUAAUCCAUUCUUACACACAGUUCUGUGUUUCUAAUCACAUAACUUAUUUGCACUGGAAUCAAUCCUCCAAAGAAUUAGUUUAAACUGUUUGCCUCCAUGGUUCACAGAAGAUAAAAUGAACUGUAUACAUUACAGAUUUGCCUAUAUGCAUUGAUACCCUUUCCAAAGUUACUGUUGAAAUAAUCUCCACUCUUCUGGCUUUCCACUAGAUUCUGGAACAUUUAGCCAGUAGAGCUUUAGUAAGGUUUGGUACUGAUGUUAGUUGAGGAGGCCUGGUAUGCAGACAAUGUUCCAGUUGAUCCUAAAGGUGUUCAGGUCAGGAAACUGUGGAGACCAUUUGAUUUCCUCCUUUCCAACCCUUGCUUUGUACACAGGGGCAUUGUCAUGCUGGAAUCUGUUUUGUUUCAGUGAAGAGAAAUCCUAAUGCUACAAAAUAUAAAGACAGUUUAGAUACAGUAGUUGUGUGCUUUAAACUUUGUGGCUUUGUGUCUUCCCUUUGUGGGAAGACCCACAUAUGGGUGUGAUGUUCAUGAGUCCAUAUAUAUAGCUAUAUAGUGUAGUAGUGACAGGACCCAAAAUGUAUUAGAAUAUACUAAGAACUGAAAUAAUGGAAUGAAGUACCUUCACAUGUCCACAUGCAAAACAGCUGCUGCUUCAGGUGUCAAAGCUCGGUGUUAAAUUCUUAUCAGACUACUAGUAAAACACCACCUGUGUUGUGACUGUGCAGACUGGUGGCAAAAUAUUUCAAUUUAAAUAUCAAACUGACAUAGCAUAUGUAAGAUUUUUUGUAUGUUGUAUAAAGAAUGGUACCUAGUCAUCCUGUUCACUAUUAAUUCUAACGGAAAAGUGACACUACUGUGUUGUAUGCAUGUACAACAUUUGCAAAGGUUCUUUUAAUAUACAAUGUUGAGUUAUUUUCAGUUCUGGGCAAAAAAUCUGAAUUACUGAUUUGAGCCAAUCCAUUUUUAAGAUUCUGUCAUUCUUUAAAAAAAAAAAAGGAUUUAUGAAAUAUGGUACUUGAGUGUCAAUAGUGCAAGCCUCUCCUGUCCACUCACUUAUGACUGCUACAUUCCUAAUAUCUUGACUAAUGUUGUGAGUCAUUCUGUUGUAUAGCUGAGUGAACCAUAUAUCAUAUGUUUGACCGGGUUGAUGGGUGUGUGUACUGUGUGUAUCCUCCAUCCACGCUACUGGUAUGGCAUAAAGGUCUAAUUGUGUAAAUUACUUGUUUUUUCAAAAGAUUUUUUACCUUUUUUUUUAAUGUUUUUUUUUAUUUAUUUUCAUUUGUACUUUUGCACGGUAUAAAAGCUUUCACUUUUGAGCUGAUUGUCAACACUGACACUCAGGUUUUUUUUAUGAUUAUAACUGAUGAAUAUAGUGGUAAUAAUGUUUAAUGGAUAAAAGGGAAUUAAGAUCAUAUGUACUGUACCAUUAAUUAAUCUUGACUAAUAUGUAUUAAUUGCCAUUUCUUUUUCUUUAUUUAUAUUUUUAAUAAAUUUACUUAAGAAUGGA